CCGACGUCGAGGGCGCCGCGAUGACAGAACAACCAGGAGCCGCGAACGGAAGUAUUAUAUUAAGGCCCGACUGUCGUGACAGGAAGAUCAUUCAUAGAAUUUUUAGCCUCAACAAUAUUGAUCCGAAUAGAAAAAUACUAGACCAGCUCAAGAGCUAGGAUGGCCAGGAGCAGCUCCAUUACCUAGGCACCAUUGUAGUAGUAACCAUUAAUACAUUCUCUUCACUAUAGCUCUAUCCCUUCAUGCAAUACAUGGCGCAGUAGUAGUAAACCAUUGUUGUAGUUGUAGUGCAUUCCACACUAAUAAGGAUUUUCUUUUUACAGUCAAAGCUGCCCAGCAUCUUAGCUCUAAUGUUUACAACACUCGGUCUGAGCAUCGGAAGUACUCCUCGAACCAGUAUAAUGACAGAAG